CUCGGGGCCAUGGAGUCUCAGGUGGCGGGGGGCCCGGCUGGCCCGGCCCUGCCCAACGGGCCACUCCUUGGUACAAACGGAGCCAGUGAUGACAGCAAGACCAACCUCAUUGUCAACUACCUGCCCCAGAACAUGACCCAGGAUGAGUUCAAGAGUCUCUUCGGCAGCAUUGGUGACAUUGAGUCCUGCAAGUUGGUUCGGGACAAGAUCACAGGGCAGAGCCUCGGCUACGGGUUUGUGAACUACUCUGACCCCAACGAUGCAGACAAAGCCAUCAACACCCUCAACGGCCUCAAACUGCAGACGAAGACCAUCAAGGUGUCCUAUGCCAGACCCAGCUCCGCCUCCAUCCGGGAUGCGAACCUGUACGUCAGCGGGCUCCCUAAGACCAUGAGCCAGAAAGAGAUGGAGCAGCUGUUCUCCCAGUACGGCCGCAUCAUCACUUCUCGCAUCCUGGUGGACCAGGUCACAGGUGUCUCUCGGGGUGUGGGAUUCAUCCGCUUUGACAAGAGGAUUGAGGCCGAGGAGGCUAUCAAAGGACUGAACGGGCAGAAGCCGCUAGGUGCGGCCGAGCCCAUCACGGUCAAGUUUGCCAACAACCCGAGUCAGAAGACCGGGCAGGCCCUGCUCACUCACCUCUACCAGUCCUCCGCCAGGCGCUACGCAGGCCCCCUGCACCAUCAGACACAGCGCUUCCGGCUGGACAAUUUGCUCAACAUGGCCUACGGAGUCAAGAGUCCCCUGUCGCUCAUCGCCAGGUUCUCACCCAUCGCCAUCGACGGCAUGAGCGGCCUCGCGGGCGUGGGCCUGUCGGGGGGCGCAGCAGGCGCUGGCUGGUGCAUCUUCGUGUACAACCUGUCUCCGGAGGCGGAUGAGAGUGUGCUGUGGCAGCUGUUCGGGCCCUUCGGGGCAGUCACCAAUGUCAAGGUCAUCCGCGACUUUACCACCAACAAGUGCAAGGGCUUCGGCUUCGUCACCAUGACCAACUAUGACGAGGCGGCCAUGGCCAUCGCCAGCCUCAACGGCUACCGCCUGGGCGAGCGCGUGCUGCAGGUGUCCUUCAAGACCAGCAAACAGCACAAGGCCUGA